AUGGCGGCAGCGGGGGCGCCAGCUGCGGGAGCGGCGAGCGCAGCGACGGCAGCAGCCCCUGGCCGUUCGGCGCUCGGCGACCGCGCGCAGACGACGCUCGGAGCGGCAGCGGAGCUAGUGGCCAUGCUCGAGUCCCCAACCUUGGCCGCUGGGUCCGGAGAGUCUCGCACCCGAGAGUGGAAGAUUCAGUCGGCUCUCGAGGGGAGCUGCAGGACGCUCGACGGGGUUGCGGCUUUCCUUCGCCAUCCGCGCGGGGCGGAGGCUGUCGUCGCCAGUCAGCGGCGCUUGUUGGAGGAUGGUGCCGUGCCCAAGGCAGGCCUGCAGGAAGAUGACGAGGAGGUGCUCGGCAGCGACGGCAAGAACGAGGAGGCUGGCCCUAAACACCGCGUGGAGCUCGGCGCGCAGGUGGAGACCGUCGAGCUGGAGCCCAGGGAGGCCCAGGGCAAGCUCAAGCAGAAGUCCGCCUUGAGGGAGCUGCUGGGCGAGCAGGUACCGGAACUGCAGGCAGCCAGGAAAGAGCACAAGCAGCGCAUAGCGGACACGUGCAGGGAGAAGAAGCAGUUGGUGCAACAGUUGAACCACCAGGGGCUGGAGCACCACGAGUCCAAGGCGGGGAUUAAGCAGGUGAAGCACGAGGCACAAGAUCUCGCGAACAUGGUGGACGAGCAGCGGAUGAAGUACGCGCAGCUUGAGAAGGCCACGGGCGAGCAGCACAAGAUCGCCUCGCUCGCGGGGGUCCCCGCCUUCCCCGUCCUGCACAUCGUCGGCCAGACCCAGUCGUGCAACGUCGAGCAGCAGCAGCGCGACGACGACGCCCAGGAGACCAACGGCCAACCGCUGAGCUCCGCGGAGGGCCAGGGCAGCCAGCGGAACGCCGACGAGGCGAAGGUGAGCAUAUUGAACGGCCAGGUGAGCUCCACCGACGAGUAUACUCAGGUGGGCCUCGGCAGCCUGCAGAGCAUCGUGAAGAACCAGGGCAGUUCCCAGCACGCCUACGCGAAGGAGAAGAGUAACGGCGACGCGCUGUCG